AUGGCACUUGGUGCAGCGUUUGACACAGUGGACCACGCCAUCAUGCUAGAUAGACUCAGGGAGUGGGUCACAAGUGUAAAAAGUAAUGUUCUUACCUUACUGUCUGCUAGAGAGGAGGAAGACUUUGAGUACGCCCGUUUAAUCCAGGAGGAGAUCCAGCGCUGUUCUGAGCAGGCCCGGAGGAGAGAGCAUGAGGAUGAGGAAAUCGCUAAACGAUUGCAAGAAGAGGAGAAGCAGAGAAUCACGAGGCGGAGCAGAGGGCAGGACAGUGAAGGCAGCACCAGUGGUCCUGCACUGCCAUCUCCACACCAGCACACACUCAGCAGCCCACACCAAGGAGAGGAGCAGUACUCAUCUAGCACCAGCAGGUGGCAAUGUUCUACCUCUCGCAACCAUUCAGACUCAACUCGUCCUCAGGUUGACUCCCCCAGGGGGGUAGCAGCUCAGAGAAACAAAAAUUCAGGGUCAAAUCAAGGACACGCAGAUUCCGAAAGGGGAAUCAGGGGUGAGCGUGUGAGUGAGGAUUCAGAGGACUCGGACACGGUGUUCUCUGAACAGCUCGCUGUCUGGUCCCAGAGACUGAAUGAGAGACUCAACACGCCACCCCCUCGACGACGGGCAUCUUCAAAUCAGCCAGAAGAGAGAAACUGUAGAAGUCUUUCCUCUCGUAGCAGCUUUACAGAGCAAGAGAGAGGAGAGUUGAAUCAGGAACAUUAUGAAAAUGCCGACCUAGAGGAGAGGAGGCCCAGGGUUUGGGAUCAAGCAAGACGCCAUGGUGAGGAGUAUGAGGGUUCGCACAGGAGCAGGGAUCAGGAUAAAGACUGUAGGUUAGUGGAAGUAAGAGAAAAGCGAUGUAGUCGUAGUGAAUCUGUCAGGCUACCUAACGGGGGUAAACACAACAACAAAGACUUAGCGAGGACCUGGAGCUAUAGGGACAGCCCCGACAAACGUGUGCAUUUUCAGGACAACUCCAGGAGCUCUAUAAGGCCGCAGCAGGGUAAGAGCAGAGGAGUCUGGGAGAUGCUGGGCCAGGUCCUCAGAGAGAGGGGCGUGCCUGUGAGGCUGGGCGGCAACGGGGCGCCACUUCAAAUAGGGCCUCAAAGCAGAGACAGCCAGGUGCUUCAUGGGAGUGAGGUCUCCUGCGGCGACUCCCUACCACAUCAGAGAGUCUUCCAAAGAGCUGCCAACACCAGGCACAGUUUCCAUGGAGAUACCCGGGAGAGGAGGAGGUUGCCACAGCGAGAGAGCAGUGGGAGAGAUCACACAGAAGACCGGCUGCGAAAUAAUGUGGAGCAUGAUGAAAAGGUUUAUGAGAUUAGUAGGAGAGACUCACAUCUUCCUAGCAGAGAAAGGGGAGGCAGCAGAAGGUGGAAAGAGCACGGAUACACUAAUGAAGACGAGAGGGAGAGGAAUGCAAAUGACAGCAGGGUCAAAAGGACAACGAGCGAACGUAGGCGUUGGCACCAGACCAUCGAGGAAAGGUUGAGCUCAGAGGAGGAGCAGGAGGUGGAGAGGAGAGUGGAGCGGCCCCAUCGCAGAGCCUCACGGCGCAGCCAGAGCCUCAGCAGCAGCAGCAGCAGCCGGGCUCCAACAGGAGAUAGGUCGAGGCUCGAGGCAGCAGGACGGUCAUUGCAACCGGUGCCAGUGGCGGAGAGCCUGGACCUGGGGGAGCUGCAUCAGGUCCUAAAGGAUGAAGAACUUGCUCAAAAGCUGCAGGAGGAAGAGGAAAAGCUGUCGAGGAGGAACUCAGAGCCCUCUCCAUGUAGCCCUUACCCAGAGGGAGACUUCAGAGCAGCACAAGUGGCACAGGAUGAGGAAAUAGCCCGCUUUAUGCAGAAGCAAGAAAUGAAGACAAAGCGAAGAUCCCGUGAGCUCGAAGGGCCGUCGUCGUGGCGAGAGCACAGAUCGAUGAUCAGUCAUCACGACAGACGGGCUUCAAGAGACAGACCGGUCCAACGAGAGAGGCUUGACUCAGAGGGCCUUCAUUCCCCUCCUGAGGACGGCUCCCCAGAGAACCAGCCACCCAGCACCUUCUCCACAAUACCACAAGCCCAGCCGAUCAGAAACAUUGCGGAGGAGCUGGACCCGACCUUCAGGGCCGGGAGGCCGGACCCCGAGAGCCUCAGAGUGGGACAGGCAGGUCCAACCUGUCAGUCACUUCCUAUGCCACAUCCUGGCUUACACGACCUACUCGAGGAGCCUGCUUUCAUCCCACCCACAAAACGGCAAACGGACAAAUCAGGACGCUCAAAACCCAAAGAGAAGAAGGAAAAUUGCAAGCAACAAUAAUUGUUUUCAACACGCCGUUGGAGUGCAUAUAUAUAUAUUAUAUUACACUAAACAUCAGUCCAGCUACAGAGGAUUAAGUUCUCUCUCCCAGCUCCCCCUAUUAGCACUUUAGACCAGUGGAACACAUCAGAAGUGACAUUUUACAAUAUUUCUUGACUAAGUGAAUAUUUACUCAUUCUGUAAAAGUUUUCAAAGGGAACAUUUUGGUUCAUCAAAGUAUUUUGAUUCUCAGUGUUAAUGAGUGUUUAAUUUAAACAGUUUGUGUUUUUUCUAUCGAUUUGUUACUUUAAUUCGUUUUUAUUUAGUUAAGCAGUGAGUAUCCAUCCAUUAUGUCUGCAUGUUACCAAUUAAGGCCGAAAAUCUCAGGCUGACCGGUUGGCUCUGUGCCUCUUCCAAAAGCGUCCAAUAUUUAAAAU